AUAGUUUGCGUAACAAUUUAACAGUGCAUUAUAAAUCCAUAAUGUAGAAAUUAAUUGUAUUAUCUUAGACUAUGACCUAUCACUCAUUCUUCAAGAGGAUUAAUGAUACAUCAAGUGAAACAUAUAAUGUCAAAAAUGAUGAAAUUGUUUCAAUACAUAAUGCAUAUAAAAAAGAAUUUAGUCGUAUCAGUGAAGAACACCAAUAUAAUUUAAAUAGUCUAGAAAAAUGCUAUAAAGAACAAAUAUUAAGUAUAAUUAAAGAAAAGGAUUCAAUAUCUCUUCAAUUACUAUCAAUUUUUCAAUCUUUAUAUGAGCAUUUUCAACACAAAUUAAAGAAAUUAAGGCCAAAAAGUUCUAAAGUUAUUGAACCAUUUGAUGAGAAAAUAAAUUUUAUCAAUGAAACAUAUCAAUGUAUCAUAAAUAGUUAUGAAAAUAAACAACAAGAUUUAUUCAAAGAAAUUUUAGAAUUAAAAAAGAUUAUCAUGGAAGAAAAGAAGAAAAAUUUAAAUAUUUCAUCAAUUCAUUUGAUAGAAAAAGAAAAUUCUAUUUUAAAGCAACAUUUGAAUUCCAACAAUUUGAAAAGAAACUACAGGUCAGAGUUAACAGCAGGAAUUUUUAUAUGGUGCUUAGGUGUGUUAUUUUACCAAAAAAAGGACAAGAUACUAAAAGAACAUCCAAAAAUAGUGCAUUUACUUGAAUUUGUUUUGGUUAUUACUAUAACCUGGCAUUUGGGGAAAUUUGAAGAUCGUGGAUUAGCCUUACUAAAUAUAGUUAUUUGUGGAAUUGUAUGUUGUAUCUUAAGUUUGAUAUAGAACAUCACUUUUUACAUAUUGUAUAAAUAUUUACCCUAAAAUAAUUGUUUAAUUCUAUUGAAUAUUUAUGCGUGUUAAAAUUAUAGUUCUUAUAUGUUAUUUAUUAUUAUAUAUUUUUAUUAAUCCUGUGUACCUCAAAAUGUUAAUUGAAUAGUAAUAAAAUAUGUAUGAAACAUA